AGUAAACACCGACACGUUGAGGGAACAUGGAGGGUUCAGAGCCGAACCGAGCCUCGGAGAGCGGUGCGGUCGAGAAGAAGCAUGUCUUACGGGACUUUCAGGUGUCUUUCUUCGCGAUGAGACGUCUGCGUUCUUUUCCCUGGACGUUUUUAGAAAAAUAUCUAGAAUGCAACAAAUCGUCAGAUCUGAUUUCCGACAUCCUAAAACAGACUUGUCUUCACUCUCUGAGCCGGACGUGUCCCCCAUCGGUCAAAUACAGGAAGCUCUUCCUCUCCGAGCUCAUCAGGCGGGAGGAGGCGGCGGGCUGUGACCCGCUGGACGAGCUGUACGACGCUUUGGCUGAAGUCAUCGGUGCUGAAGACACGACUGAGUGCUACAAGAGCUACCUGCUGCCCGGCGGCGAGGCCGUGAGUCUGCUGGAGAGCGUGGCUCUGAUCUCGGAGGGGACCACCGGUCUGGUGACGUGGGAGGCGGCUCUCCACCUGGCCGAGUGGGCUUUGGACCACCGGCACACCUUCACCGGCAGGACGGUCCUGGAGCUCGGCAGCGGCGUGGGUCUGACCGGCGUCGCCAUCUGUCGCUCCUGCGGCCCGAGCAGGUACGUGUUCAGCGACUGUCACCCGGAGGUCCUGCAGAAGCUGCGAGGGAACGUGCGGCGGAACGGGCUGACCGAGCCGGCGGCCGCGGUGGAGGAGCUGGACUGGACCACGGCGACGGGGGGGCGGGUCGCUCGGGUCGGAGCCGACGUGGUCAUCGCUGCAGAUGUGGUGUACGACCCGGAGGUCGUGGAGGGUCUGGUGAAGCUGCUGUCUGAGGUCCUGAGGGCUUCGUCCCCGGAGCUCCUGGUCUGCUCCACCGUCAGGAACCAGGAGACGUACGGCGGCUUCAAGCAGCGGCUCAAACGAGCCGGGAUCGAACACCGCGUGAUGUCAGGAGACGUCAGCCGGGUGUUUCCCUACGACAGAGCUGCUCCAAUAGAAAUGAUCUCACUGUUCAGGUGACACAAUAAAGAUUUUAUAUACAAAUGUA